AUGAUACAAACAUAGCUAACUAAAAAAAAAAAUUCUAAAAGUCAAGUCUCAUGUUUUGAACUCCUAGUAUGAAAUCAUCAGUGCUUGAAGUGCUUAUGACAGCAAAAAGCAUGUUUAUUUCAAAUGGACCACUAAUAUGUGUGGGGAAGCAAUCAAUAUAUUUAUUCAAUUUUUUGAAUCCCGCGCCAUGAAAAUGACUGACUUCCUGGAUUUACGAAGAAUGCGAAUAUGACAUCCGUGGGAUAAACAUAUUCAGUAUACAGACAAUACUACAGUAUGCAGAACGACUGCGGAUUCAGCUGAUUUUGCGGAUUAUUUCGGCUUAUUUUUCGCAUCACGCCAGCCCAGUGUGCUGCAGGUAUUUGUUGUUGCACCAGGGAGAGGCGUGUGAGCCUUUUUGGGUUUCAAAAAGUUCCCGUUUACCACGGAUAAUGGCCAAAACAAGUCCGACUACUGUGGGACCAUUGUGAGGUGAGCAAGCUACGUGUUUUAUAUUAUGUCAAAUACUGGGACCAUGGCACACGUUUUAAUAAGGAGGUGGCUUGCAUUUUGCGGGUGAACUGAAAAUACUCCUGGUCCACCGAGAAGGUCACACGGCCGACGACCAGCAGCUUGUCCCAUACCAUGGUCGCCGGCCGAUAAAGGCGUGCCCUCCGAGAACGCACUUUUCUCAGCUUGGCCACAAGCAGCACCCCGCUCCCACGUCGGCUGGUUUGUGCACCGAGAAUGGGCUAUUUUCGGUGUUCAUUCCCGGCGACGACCACUGCCGUAACCGCAGCAGAAUAAUGCUCUUUCCACCUUCUCCGAAGCCGGGAAAUGUCAAAAGUCGGACCAACUCCAGUGGCAUAAAAUACCGUUCUGGAGAGGAAGAAGUUGCCAGUUUUCACCAUUAUGCGGUAAUUUUGGCCUGUCGUACUGAAUAAAUGCAUUUUUAAGAUUUCAUAUUCCGUUUAGCAAAAGAUUAUUUGUCAUGACCAUACCACUUAUUUAGCAAUUGGGAAAAAAUACUUAGAUAAAAAUAAUAUCCCGUAAAAAUACUGAAGCAGAGUGAUUGAAACAUUCAUGACAUUUUGCUCCUCUCUGUCGUAUUUUCCUCGUUCUGAAUCUUCCCUCCUCAAUGGGCUGAAUUCUAAAUCAAAUGAAAUUGUGACUCUGCUGACGUCACAUCCAGCAGAGGACGCUAGAGCGCUAUAAUGACAGGCGGGUCUAAACGGCAGAUAGAAAGACUAAUUUAUCGUCAUCUACACUUUGCUAAAUUGUUGUAUAUAUAGCCGAAUUGUCUCAAAAUAUGAUUCUAAAUCACAUAAUGAUUGUAUUUAAGAUUUUUUUUUAAGCUGUCAAAGGCACUUUAGGGCUAAGUAGCUUUUUUUUUUACCCUUUUACGCAUAAAUUUCUUUCUUUUUUUUCCUUUCAUGCACGAAUUAUGAUUAUGUAUUUUUUUAAACAUUACAGAACAGUCAUUUAAAUCAUUGGCUGCCAUUGACAGCGCAAGACGUCCAAUCCAUUUUGACUGGGAUGGGCAAAUAUACAAAUGUUGGACUGGCACUGAAACGUUAGCAUUCCCAGCCAGGGUUCACGUUUUAUGAAUUGGACAUCAAUCAUUGUGAAUGGCAGGCAAUGAGUUAAAAAAAAGAGACUCAUUUGUUUACAAGACUUCAAAGCCAGUUUGACAACAUGAAAUUUGGUAGAAAUCCUAUUUUGAGUAGACAAACAAAAAAGUCAUGCCAGAAAAAAUACACAAGUCCCACAUUUAUUUUUUGUAAGCGUCCAUCUUUAGGGUCAAUUUGAUUUUUUCCUGGGGUCCUCAAAGCUGGUAAAUCUGACCAGUGACCACCAAACCUUAAAUUUAGUUGGCAUGGAGUAUCUCUCAUGGUUACACCCAAUAUAAUCUCUUAAACCCUGCCUGAAAAGAAAGCACUUGCAUUUUUACGUUUAGUUUUAUGGGAAUUUUUUGAGGUUACUCAAUAUUUUUUAUAAUUCUGUCCUAAAAGCCAGUUUGAAUUAGUAAUGUGAGAUUUGAUAGGCAUGUCCUUCAUAAGCAGACCUGCAUAAAGUCUCAAGAAAACAUGCUAAAAAGACAACAGAAAUGUUUUAUUUUGGUUGACACAUCGAUUUUGGGGUAAUAAUAGGUUUGGAAUGAUCUCAUCCUAGGUCGAACCUCACCCAGGACAUUCAGAGGGGGACAAGAGGCUGUAAGGAGAAUCCUGGAAACGUGGUCCACCGUAGACGUUCAGUAAUGUCAGGCGAUGACGUGCUCCUCCAGUGCGAACUGCGCUCCAAUUUGGCGACGCCGCGCUGGACAUUAAACGGCAAAGAGCUCCAGGGAUAUGGCGUAGAUUCGGGCUACCGCGUAGGCAACGAUGGCCUCCUCCUCAUCGGGGCUCGAGGCCGGCAGAGCGGCUCGUACCGCUGUUUUGCCGUGGAGAACUCGGUGUCCGUGCUGGUUUACUUGUACACGGUAAAGGUGCACACAGAUUCGUAUUUCCCGGCAGAGGAGACGACGGAAUUUCCUGAUUUGUCCACGCUUCCUGGCACGACGACGGCAAUAGACCUGUCCACUGUCGAGCAGACCCCUCCGUCGCUCGCCGCACCGGGGCCGCAGCUCCACGAGUACAGACGCAUGGAAGCGGUGUACAUCUGCCUGGUGGCCGUCCUAGGCGGGCUGUGCCUGGUGUUGUCGGUGGUCUUGCUUUACGUAAGCUUCUGCACCAGGCGCGUCUCACGUAGCAGGAAGUUCUCCCAGCAGCAGGGGCUACAUGUCCUGGGGUCCUCGGAAAGGAAAGGGAGCUCCCACCUGGAGCUUCAAACCAUCUCCAACGGACGUCAAGGACGCCGCUCCAUCUCAGUGCCCACCUUCGGUAACUUCCUGCAGAUCGUUCCAGGCGAGGGAUCCCCGACCACCAGCAACCCGCCGGCUGCUCCCCCACUCCCCAUGCCCCCGCCGCUGCCCGACGCAGACUACGCAAACGGGCUCUCGGCCACGUUACCCAGCGUCCUGCGCAAGAUGAACGGCAACAGUUACGUGCUGUUGCGGCAAGUUGACCAUGAUGGCGCUUCGCCGCUCUACCACUCCUUCACUGAGGAGCUCAAUCGCAUUCUGGAGCAGCGGAAACACACACAGCUGGACCUGCAGCCCCAUGAGAGUUCCAUCUAAGCAGAUUAAAAAGGGGUCACAAAGAAAGUCGCAAACUCCAUACAAAAGGGUCGGAGCCUAUAUUUGAACCCUGAACUUUAGCGAUACAUCACUAGGCAACCCUUCGCCCUUUAUAUAAGACAGAACCUGAAGUUUUCCAGAAAAUACACAUCACAUCAGAAAGAGACGUGAAAUCUGAAUUUGUCUGGAUGAUUUUUAUUCGGCUUCCAACCACGUUUCCGCUGACAUGCACUGCUUACACGAACAACGUGGCUACUAAGAGAGGAGCUAGUUUACAAAAGCAAAGCUGAUGUUCACUGACUUUGAUUCCCGAAGUAUGUAUGCGCGCUUCUGAGGUGCAAAUAUUUUGCCGAGGUUGCUUGCCUCAACUGAACAACUCUACUGAAAAUGGGAAAAGCAUGAGGCAGCCAUCGAGGACACUUUUUAACAAUGGACCAGCCUUGCCACGCAGUGUAAUGGCUCGUUUUAUGGUGUAUUUAUUCUUGAAUCUUUAAAAUGUUAAUUUAUCCAGGAUUAUGGUUAAAUACAUUUGAGCAAAGUAACACUUGUAUUCCAGAAAGGUGAACUUGUUAUCACUUUAGCCAUAUUAAAAAAAUAUUAUUUCUAGAAUUUUUCAGCAAGGAUUGACGCAAGUUACCGUAAUUUUCGGACUAUAAGGCCCCUACUUUUUUUUACCCUCACUUAUUUGUUGAUUUAUUUGGGUUAAAAGGUAACACUUUAUUUGACAGUGGCGUCAUAAGACUUUAAUAAUUAUGACAACCGAACUCUGUCAUGGGCAUUGAUGAAUGCUUAUGACAGAUGUCAUUAAGUGUCACCAACUCCAUUUCUGUCCAGCUCGGAUCAUAGACUUCACCAGGGCCGAAGUGGGACUCAUUUUCAGCCCUGAAGUUUCAUACCACAGACCAGCCCACUUUAUAUCAUGACUUACCGUAUUAAAAUAUUACGUACUGCCAAGCAAUUAAAAUGAUUAAUCGCGAUUAAUCGCAUGCUGUUAGUAGUAAACUUGUGAUUACUUUUGUGAUUAUUUUUUUUAAAUGCAAAAAUUAUAUAUUUUAAAUUUUAAAUACACCUACAGUGGGGCAAAUAAGUAUUUAGUCAACCACGAAUUGUGGAAGUUCUCCCACUUGAAAAUAUGAGAGGCCUCUAAUUGUCAACAUGGGUAAGCCUCAACCAUGAGAGACAAUGUGGGGAAAAAAACAGAAAAUCAAAUUGUUGGUUUUUAAAGAAUUUAUUUGCAAAUCAUGGUGGAAAAUAAGUAUUUGGUCAGUACCAAAAGUUCAUCUCAAUACUUUGUUAUGUAACCUUUGUUGGCAAUAACGGAGGCAAAACGUUUUCUGUAACUCUUCACCAGCUUUCACACACUGUUGCUGGUAUUUUGGCCCAUUCUUACAUGCAGAUCUCCUCUAAAGCAUUGAUGUUUUGGGGCUGUCGUUGGGCAACACAGAGUUUCAACUCCCUCCACAGAUUUUCUAUGGGGUUGAGAUCUGGAGACUGGCUAGGCCACUCCAGGACCUUGAAAUGCUUCUUACGAAGCCACUCCUUUGUUGCCCUGGCUAUGUGUUUGGGAUCAUUGUCAUGCUGAAAGACCCGUCCACGUCUCAUAUUCAAUGCCCUUGCUGACGGAAGGAGAUUUUCACUCAAAAUCUCUCGAUACAUGGCCCCAUUCAUUCUUUCCUUUACACAGAUCAGUCGUCCUGGUCCCUUUGCAGAAAAACAGCCCCAAAGCAUGAUGUUUCCACCCCACAGUGGGUAUGGUGUUCUUCGGAUGCAAUUCAGUAUUCUUUCUCCUCCAAACACAAGAACCUGUGUUUCUACCAAAAAGGUCUAUUUUGGUUUCAUCUGACCAUAACACAUUCUCCCAGUCCUCUUCUGGAUUAUCCAAAUGCUCUCUAGCGAACCGCAGACGGGCCUGGACGUGUACUGGCUUCAGCAGGGGGAUAUGUUUGGAAGUGCAGGAUUUGAGUCCCUGGUGGUGCAUUGUGUUACCGAUAGUAGCCUUUGUUAAUGUGGUCCCAGCUCUCCGUAGGUCAUUCACUACCUCCCCCCGUAUGGUUCUGGAUUUUUGCUCACCGUUCUUGUUAUCAUUUUGACGCCAUGGGGUGAGAUCUUGCAUGGAGCCCCAGAUCGAGGGAGAUCAUCAAUGGUCUUCUAUGUCUUCCAUUUUCUAAUAAUUGCUCCCACAGUUGAUUUCUUUACACCAAGCGUUUUACCUAUUGCAGAUUCCGUUUUCCCAGCCUGGUGCAGGUCUACAAUUUUGUCUCUGGUGUCCUUCGACAGCUCUUUGGUCUUGGCCAUAGUGGAGUUUUUAGUGUGACUGACUGAGGUUGUAGACAAGUGUCUUUUAUACAGAUAAUGAGUUAAAACAGGUGCCAUUAAUAUAGGUAACGAGUGGAGCCUCGUUAGAACAAGUUAGACCUCUUUGACAGCCACAAAUCUUGCUUGUUUGUAGGUGACAAAUACUUAUUUUCCACUCUAAUUUGGAAAUAAAUUCUUUAAAAAUCAAACAAUGUGAUUUUCUUUUCUUUUUUUUCCUCCACAUUCUGUCUCUCAUGGUUGAGGUUUGCCCAUGUUGACAAUUACAGGCCUCUCUAAUCUUUUCAAGUAGGAGAAAUUGCACAAUUGGUGGUUGACUAAAUACUUAUUUGCCCCACUGUAUUAACACAGGAAUUGACCAAUGUGCUUACCUUACAUCAUUCAAAUUUAAGCCUCAUUAGAAACAAGAAAAGUUUUACUUUACACUUGUAAAGAUGAAUUAAACAUGAAUUUUCCCCAAAUAACAUGUACAAAGGGAGGCACGGAGGAAGAGUGGUCAGCAUGUCCGCUGACAGUUCUGAGAUCAAGGGCUCAAACACAGGCUCUGUCUGGAGUUAACCACUUUAUUUUUGGGGUACUAUCUCUAAUUUUAUCUUAUAUACUGUUUUGGACUGACUUUUUAAAGGCUCAGGAACCUUUUGCAGGCGUUUUGAAUUACACAUGUGGCAACUGUGUACAAAACUGAACCUUUAAUUGUAUUCAUUUUUUUUUGUUUUUCUAAUAAGCUGAAAAAUCUUCAUCAGAAAAGUCACGAGGAACCGCUUGAGAUGAGCCAUUACAUGCAAAUUGAAAGAAAAUUUUGUUGGUUUAAUCUUUUAUGUUAAAUUGCCAAAAUUAAACAACUUUUACUUAAUAUUCAAAUUUUGGGGGGAGUACUGUAUAAACUUUAAUGUAAUAUAUCAUUGGUUAUCAGUGGUUUCAUAUAAUUUAGGACAUAAAAUUACCCCCAAAAAAUAAAUUUGAAGGAUAAAAUGAUUGAACUCACCAAAACGGCUGUCUCCCAAAGCACUUAUACAGUUCAAAAACAACCCUAAUGGGUCACGCCAACAGCCAGACUGGUUCAUGCUGACAGUCAGACGGGUUCACGCUCAUCACGCUGCCUCAACGUGCCUCAUUUCGGCCAUUAAAAACCCACAAUUAAGUUUUACCAGGGUAGUUAACAGGAGGAUACUUUCUCCUAGAGCUGGGCUGGUGGCAUUGGGAGCACGUCGCGGGGUCUUGAAUUCCAAACUACGGGAUACUAGAAGGGGCAUACUUUAUCGUGCAAAGAGUGGUUGCAUUAAUGCUGCUAUUAACUAGUUUAACUGACAGCUUCAUUAAAAAUGUAUAUAAUGACCGGCCCAAAUUUCAGGCCGGCCCACCGGGAAGUGUCCCGGUCCUCCUGAUGACGGGAAACGGGGUACAGGGGCGCUCCGUAGGGGGCCUAUUUUCAAAAGCUUCUAAUAUUUUCAAAACGAAAGCCGCUCGCGACCUAAAACCACAACAGGCCACCUGCCUUAUGAGUCUCCAUGAGCAGCGGCAUGAAAAAAUUUAAAGUCGUUCCCUAAUAAAAUUUCGACUAUUUUUGUAUAUAACAAAACUUAAAAUGGCUAUGAAAUUCUCAGAUUUUACGCUAACUGCACAAAAAUCACUAAAUGCAGAAAUAAUCACCAAUAUUUUAAGGAUCAAUAGCAAUAUUUACCAUAUAUACGUUUUUGCCCGAAAUAGCGACUUAAUUUUGUUUUUAUUUAGUGCAAUUUUGACGUUUUCAACAACAAAUAAAUCACUCAAUUUUCUAAUCAGAAACUUACUAUAAUACUUGAGGAAAGCAUUCAGAAUCAUCUUAAUUUUACUCAACAAAAGCAAAUUUUGCAUUUUUCUAUGUAAAAUCUCAACUUAUUUAGGCUGAAUUCUGAUGUCACUAUUGCCUCAGCGCAUCUUGCCGGCUAUCUGGCCCUUGUCGUUUUUAGAUUGAAGUGUUCCAUAAAAUAAAACACGUAAAAGCUGAUUUUUUUUUUUUUUUGUAUGGACGCAUAAAUGUCUAAAUUACUUUUUUUUUGACAAAAAAAUGGGCAGUUGGCCGAAGAUUAGCUGAUUAUUUGAAUGUAAAGGUUGUGUAUGGAUACAAAACCCAACGUGGUGGAUGUCACAAAACAAAGCUUUUUAAUUUGAAAAUUUUUGUAAAUAAAUGCGUAAAUCCCGCAAUUUCUAUAGAUAUGAACGUAAAACAGUCCACAUUUUUGGUUAAAAGUAGGGCUGCAGCUAUCGAAUAUUUUAGUAAUCGACUGAAAAUUCUAUCGAUUAAUCGAGUAAUCGGAUAAAACAUUUUUUUUUAGGUAAAAAGCAAUUAUAAAUAUACAUGAGAAAAAAAAAGACAUUUAAUCCAAUAUUGAACUAUUUUCAGUCAAUCAAUGUCUUUAUUUUCUAUGUACAUUGUUGGAAACAGCCAACAAUUGCAUCUCAGAUGUGACUAGAAAAAAAAAUUCACUGCAUUCACUCAAAAAAUUUCUAGAUCUUAUAAAAAAAAAAUUCUUACCUAAAAAUGUAAUCACGCUUGAUAACACACAUCACUUGAAAGCUAUGUGUUUUUCCCACGUGUUUCAAUUGAAUUUCCAUUUUAUGUCAAGCUAUUUUUAAGUUCUAGUUAAGUUUUAGGUUAGUCUAAACUGUAAGUACUGAUAGUAAUUUGAGUUUUUGCAGUGUUCCAAAUAAAUGUAUGAUACCUGCUGUAUUGGAGCACAUUAGGGACCAGUCCUUCUUGGUGUUUUAUUCAGCAAUGACUAUGGACCUAAAACUGACAGUUAGCUUUAUUAUGUUUUAACUUUACACCCUCAUCACUCUACAGCGCUGUGUUUUUUACAGAUUAAAUAAAGCCUGUAUGUAAGACACGUUAGCCACGCAUCGACAGUGGUCAUAAUCAAUAGAAACCUAGCCCUCCGAAGGGCUAACGUUGCGUGAGCGAGUGACAGUAAUGUUAUAUUUAUUAGCGAUGAGAAGUCUACUGCUUAAAGAUGGCAGCAGUUUACUAACGCUGCCCAGACGCGGCUGGGUCUGUCAUUUCGCAUCUAGUCCUAAAUGCAUGCGAUAUCUAUGAGACGCAUCGGACACUACCUGCUACCACACUAGCAUCAUGCGGGCGUAGUUUUUAGCAACAUCGGCGUAGUUUGUAGCGGCUGUCGGCUGCAGUAAGUUUUUUGUUUUUUAUUGCUUCUUCCUCUACGCACGUGACGUCCGCGCGUUGUCCCGCAUUAAAAGUAGUCUGGGCAAAACGUGAUGCUUAGAGCUGGCAAAAUUAAACGAUUCCUCAAGGUGAAUAAAAUUACUCGGAUCAGUUUUUAAACUCGAGUUGCUCGAGUAUUUGUUUCAGCUCUAGUUAAAAGCAAAAAAGGCAGUUAUCAUUCAUUCAUUCAUUUUCCAUGCCGCUUUUCCUCACGAGGGUCGCGGAGGUGCUGGAGCCUAUCCCAGCUAACUCGGGGCAGUAGGCAGGGGACACCCUGAACUGGUUGCCAGCCAAUUGCAGGGCACAAGGAGACAUACAACCAUUCACGCACACACUCAUACCUACGGACAAUUUAGAGUGGUCAAUCAGCCUACCAUGCAUGUUUUUGGGAUGUGGGAGGAAACCGGAGUUCCCGGAGGAAACCCACGCAGGCACGGGGAGAACAUGCAAACUCCACACAGGAAGGCCGAAGCCCGGGAUUGAACCCUUGAUCUUAGAACUGUGAGGCAGACGUGCUAACCACUCAGCCACCGUGCCGCCCAGUUAUCAUUCAUUUGAAGUAAAUAUUUCAGGGUAGUUACACAAAUUUCUUUCCUCAUUUUUUUCACAAUGUUUCUAAGUUCAUGCAUGGUACUAUUUUACAUAUUAAUUACCUUGAAUCCUCAACCAAAUCACUUUUGAGAAACAACUGCCUCCGAAAGUGAAGAAAAGUGAAAGCUUCCACGUCGCUCUGCCUGGCCUGGCCCCCUACGGGAAGCCGUGGCACAAUAUCUGUUGGAGCUGUCUCGUCAACUGAAAGUGAAGUCUAUGCUCAGAUCUUGGACAUCCAUUCAAAAGUAAGAUAGUUUUCCGGAUGACACUAAAUGACAUCUGUCAUAAGCAUUCAUUAAUGCACAUGACAGUGUCAUGUCAUAAUUACGACGGUCUCAUGACGGUCUUAUGACACCGCUGUUAAAUAAAGUGUUAAGGUUAAUAUUUUUUGGUGUAAAUAACCCAUCAUACAGUGAGGACAGCUGCGGCUUAUCUAUGAACAAAUGCCGUUUUCGUGUCAAACUUGGUGGGUGUUGGCUUAUAGUCCAAAAAUUACGGUAAUACUGCUAAUAUAAAUGGCAGGACUUUAAUGAGGCCAUAUUUACCUUUGGGACGUUUUUGCUUCAUUCAAACCGUUUGACUUAUCAGUCGUUGACUUUUCAGGAUUAUCUUUGUCUAUUGUCCCAGUGUGAGCUUUUACUCAUAAAAUGAUUUGUUGAGAAUCAAGUGUUGAUUUUGUUCCUGGUGGAUGUGUCACACUGAAUUAAGUUGAAUCGCUUUGUGUUCUGAAUUUUAAUUCGAAAAGUCCAAGCUGACAAAUUGGUCAAAUAUUGUUUUUGGGUGCAUUAUUGUUGUUUUCUGAAAACUGAUAUUCAGGUAUUCCCAAUAGUUAAUGUAAUUAAUUAAAUUUAAUAAAGUUUUUACAUUAAAUCUUAAUUUUUAUUUUUGUUUGAAUUACAAUUUUGUACAGAAUUAAUAGAUUUUGUGUAUAUAUAUAUAUAUAUAUGGCUGAAAACACAGACAAGACUGAAAAAGCAGUUUCUGCUCUUGCUACCCUCUAUAAAAUAAACUGCUGUAUUUUAAGCCAAAAGAACUGUUGUGUUUGAUAGAACAAUAUGUCUAUAUGCUGCCAUAACAGAUUCAUGGCGCAUUAAGCCCCCAAACUAUUUUUUAAUUUGUCCGUUUUACCCUGAAAACCCCCGUUUACAGACGUCGCGCAACCGCUUUUGUUUCAACCCAGCCAUAAAACGAAGCUAAUUAAUUAUAUUUAUUAUUCAAAAUGUCUGUCAUUUUUAGCUU